AUAGUCUGAUAACGCGGUUAUGUGUAAUUGAAUUUCUUGUAAAUUCAUAAAAAUAAUAUAUUUAUUGUUGCAUUUUUAAAAUUGUUCGUAUUUUACUAUAUUUUUUUUAUUUGUUAUAUUUAAUAGAAUUGAAUUAUUUUUUUAUUGUUUUAUGUCAAAUUCGUUGUUAUAUUUGUCAAUAAUUGUUCUUAAUUAACUAGUCAUUUACUUUUCAGCGUUUUAAAUUUAAAUUAUAUUUUCUAAGUCAAUAUGGAGUGUAGUUUAGCCUCAACAUACACUAGUAGUUCUGCAAAACCUUCUAGUGCUGUUUCGGGUAAUAGAAGCCCAGCAAAGUCUGGUUUACAUGUCAAUUUCACUGAAAAAGUAGAAGUUAAAGAAAAAAGAGAAAAAUUUUUAACAGCCAAGUAUGGUGCCCAUCAAAUGAGCUUAAUAAGAAAACGUUUAGCAGUCGAAAUGUGGUUGUUAGAAGAAUUGCAAAAACUCUAUGAUUUACCCAAAAGAGACCCAGCAGUUGAAGGAAUAGAGUGUGAAGUGGAAGUUGAUAUAGAUGAUCUACUAGAUAUGGAUGAUGAUUGUCAGCGUACACAGUUUCUUCAAAAACUCUUGUCAUCAGCCAAAUCUAAGGAAAAUAUCAAAGAAUUUAUCGAGAGAUUACUUGAAAAGAUUAAAACAUUAUAGAUAAUCACAGGCGGAAUUCAACUACAAUUAUUCAUCCGCCACGCUACCUCUUAACUGCCAAACAAGAAAUGUCAAAUCUUGCCCAUUAAUAGCAUUACAUGCAUUUUGGAGAAAAUUUUCACUCUAGAAAAUAAUAAUAAAAAAAACCGUCCAAAUUUAAAAUAAUGUAUAGGUUUGGAAUGUUUGGAUAUUACAUCAUAAAGAGAAGUAAAAAGUAUAUAUAAAAUAUUAUUUUUUUUGUAUUUAUUCAACCCAAACCGUUCAGUGUUUUUUUUUAUUCAAUCAGUUGAAAGAGAUAUUGUAUUAUUUUUCAUAAUGUUGAAACAUAAUUAUUGAUGUAAGUGGUAGGGGCUUUUUAGAUUAAGUUCUGAACAUAUUCAUCUGUUUUGGUGUAAUGUUAACUAUCAACUUACAUAAAUAUUAUUUAGCCACAAACAUGUGAAUACUUAUAUAUUUAAUAACAAGUUUGAUUUAUAUAAAAUUAAAUUGUAUAUAUAAAUGUACUAAUGGUGAAGUAUUUACUUGUUGUUCAAGUAUAUAUGUUUUUAACUUAAAUAUAUGCAUUCACAUUCUCAGUUCUUAAGACUGAUCUUUUUAUUGCAAACAAAAAUGUAAUGUUUACUUUCUAAUUACUAUUAUAUUAUCAAUUAUAAUGCACAUUUUAACUUAAUAGUGUAGAAACAGUAUAAAAUAAAGAAAUAAACUAUCUAGUUAAAACUAUAUUUACAAUAUAUUACAGUUUAAAAGUAUUUUAUUAUUUUUUAAGAAUAUUUGUUGUUUUUUUAUGUAUAAAUAUAUAUUAUAUAUAGUAUAUUUUUCAUUCAUUUAUUUAUAUAACAAAACAUAAUAACUUCAGUACAGUAUUAACUGUACAUUUUAUAUCUAUAUGUCGAUUGCUUGUUAUUUUUUAUUUUUAUUUUUAUUUUUUUUGUUUAAUAUUAGAAAGUGAUAUUUUUUUCUUGUACAAAUAAAUACUAUUUACGUAAGAGUACUUCUUGGUGGCAAUCAAGUUUUAUCCUGUUCAGUAGACUAUUUACUCAUCAAUAUAUAACUAUUAUUGUUAAUUAUUGUUAUACAUAAUAAUAACCUCAUCUGCCAUAAAAUUUUUGUGCAGAAACAAGCAGCCAAGAAUUCCUUUGCGUAAAUGGAGUAUAGUUAUAAAAUAUUUUUAAUUGCAUUUGUUUUUAAUAAAUAAAAUGUAUGUAUUUUUUCUAUUUUAGAAGUUAUAAAAAUACAUAAAUAAAUAGUUAAAAAAGUA